CACACCCCGUUAGGGCCCUAGUGGGGGCCGGGAUGCGGUGGCCAGGGCCCCCCCCGCUCCUGCUGCCGGCCGCUGCCGCCGCUGCCAUGGCCUCGCUCGGGCCCCACGGUGUCCUGGGGGCCCCCCCGGCCCGCGGGAGCCUGCCCCCCGGGCGGGGGCUGCUGCCCCCCCCUUACGCCGUGGUGCUCAUCUCCUGCUCUGGGCUGGUGGCCUUCGUCCUCCUCCUCCUCACCUGCCUGUGCUGCAAACGGGGCGACGUGGGCUUCAAGGAGUUCGAGAACCCCGAGGGGGAGGAGGACUCCGGGGAGUUCACACCGCCAGCGGAGGAGACCUCAUCCUCCCCAUCCCUGCCCGAUGUCUACGUCCUACCCUUGGGGGAGGUAGGGGGGCCCACCCCCCCACCCCCCCCCCACCGGUAAGGGGGGCUGGGGCAUGGGGGAGGUGAUGGGGAGAGGGACUCCAUGGAUUGGCUCUUGGGCUCUUGGGGGGGUCAAAGAGGGGUUCUAGGUCACUCAGUGUGUGGUCUGGGGGGGGGGGUGAAAGUGGGUUCUAGGUCACCCAAUGGCUUGGGGGGAUCCUCUGGGUGACCCAAUGGUUUAGGGGACCUCAUGGGUGC